UCCUCACGACUCCCAUAGACCGUUGUUAUGGUUUAAAACACGUUCCGGAUAUUUGGAUGCUUUGUGCUAAAGGUUUCACUACUUACCCAUUCUACUAUUUGUUUGUCAUUUUUAUUUUACCCAUAUUUUUUCAGCCAAAGGUUUUAAAAAUGUUUUGAAAGUAUAUUUGAUAGGAAUCAUAUACACUCUUAUAUAACUAGCCAUCAGCCGGCAAAAUCAUCAACAGACACCAUGGCAAGUUCAAAAACAACAUUGGUUAUUUCGAAUGUAUCAGCAGCGAACUCGACGUUCGGGAAUCCAAAAGAGUUCAGUUAUACCGACGUAGAUUGGAUCGUACCCACUAUAAUUAAUGCUUUGCUUAUUCUGCUUGCUCUUUGGAUUACUUUCUCAGUGACACAUUAUGGAAUAAAGACUGAUAAAUGGUGUACUACUGCUAAAAGAAAAUCACAACAACUAAGCGCAGGUGUGAUAUACUCGUCGGUCGUUCUGUGUGCUGUUAUGACGAUUUUACGUUACGUCACAAGUUUUGCGACAUUUCAUUUGGGAAUCGGCGAAGGCAAGGAUUACGAGUGUGAGAUUAUCUCUGAUAUGUCGUUUGCUAUGUACUGCCUUGUUACAGCAUGUGUCUACCUUUUUCUAUGGCUGAGACAGCGAACAUUCUACGCCAACAAAAUGUUGAACGUAAGCUAUAAUCGUUUUCUCCGCUUCGUCAGUGCUUCCAGUUUUCUCGUCAUCUUUUUCUCUGGACUUGGUGCGAUCGUCGUUACAUUGACACCAGUAUCUUACCCAUCAUCUGCGCGUGGUUGUACAUACAAACCUAGCUUUAACAUAGUGGAAACUAUAGGAUGGGCUGUGUCUGUUGCGCUACUGGUGCUAAGCCAGUUAGUACUGAUCGCGCUAUUCGUCUACCCGUUAAUGCGACAUCGGAAGAUGCAGGAGGCAUCCGCCUGGAGCGGAUCACCAAAAGAUCGGAAUGAAAACGUGGAUGAUCAGAAUAAAGAACGAAGUAUUGUAACAGUAGAUGGACAAUGCGAUGUUACUUCAACCACAGAUGCUCCAGUUUCGAGUUCAUCCCCUAAAAAAAAGGUUUCUGAAAGACGGGUAUCCCGUCACGCCAAGCAGUCCAACCGACCCUAUUCACUGAAGCUACAGCGCAAGAUAAUGCGAAUAAUGUUGCGGACAAUUAUAUUCAGUGUUCUAUCUAUCGUAUCUGAUAUAUGGUGGCUCGUAUUUUCUACUUACAUUCUAAACACGAGCGGCCCAAGGCGCUGGUCAACCACGGCCUAUGAUAUCAACGUAAUGUUUAACCUUCUGUCUGUAAUUUGCUCGUUUCUAGCUUUUCCCAUGAUGCUUACGUCACCGUUAAGAAAUCAUUCAAACCAAGAAGUGACAUCCGCAGUACCAGAGUAAUUGUUGAUAUCAGAACUUUUAUUUUUUGGACACUCGACUUACUCAGUAACGUGGGGUAAGAUGGGACACUUUUCAUUCUAUUUUCGCCUCAUUUGGAAGUGAACAAAGAAUGUUCAAAGAAUUAUAAAACCGCAACCCGACGACUCCCAUAGAAUUGUUUAAAACACGGUCGGUGCUAAAGUUGCCCGUCUUCCCCCACCAUACUUUAUGCGACAUAUCUUUAAGAGUGAAACAUUAACUGCGUAGUUGUAAAUCUAAACAUACUUCUGCACUGCCUUGCAUUUAUUUGUUGCCAUGCUGUUUUA